AUGAGUAACUUCCGCCGGUGGCGGUGUGGACGCACGUGCAAAGAUGGUAAACCUAUGCUACGUCAGGGGGACACAGGAGACUGGAUUGGAACUUUUUUGGGUCAUAAGGGUGCCGUUUGGGGUGCAACAUUGAAUAAGGAUGCCACCAAAGCAGCUACAGCAGCUGCAGAUUUCACAGCCAAAGUAUGGGAUGCUGUCUCAGGAGGUGAGUUGAUGACCCUGGCUCAUAAACACAUUGUCAAGUCUGUGGAUUUUACGCAGGAUAGUAAUUACUUGUUAACUGGGGGACAGGAUAAACUGUUACGCAUAUAUGACUUGAACAAACCUGAAGCAGAACCUAAAGAAAUCAGUGGUCAUACCUCUGGUAUUAAAAAGGUUCUAUGGUGCAGUGAGGAUAAACAGAUUCUUUCAGCUGAUGAUAAAACUGUCCGCCUUUGGGAUCAUUCUACUGUGACAGAAGUGAAAUCUCUAAGUUUGAAUAUGUCUGUUAGCAGUAUGGAAUAUAUUCCUGAGGGAGAGAUCUUGGUAAUAACUUAUGGACGAUCUAUUGCUUUUCAUAGUGCAGUAAGUUUGGACCCAAUUAAAUCCUUUGAAGCUCCUGCGCCCAUGAACUCUGCAUCUCUUCAUCCUGAGAAAGAAUUUCUUGUUGCAGGUGGUGAAGACUUUAAACUUUAUAAGUAUGAUUAUAAUAGUGGAGAAGAAUUAGAAUCCUACAAAGGACACUUUGGUCCUAUUCACUGCGUGAGAUUUAGUCCUGAUGGAGAACUCUAUGCCAGUAGUUCUGAAGAUGGAACUUGGAGAUUAUGGCAAACUGUAGUAGGAAAAACAUAUGGCCUUUAAUGUGUGCUUCCUGAAGAAGAUAGUGGUGAGAUGGCAAAGCCAAAGAUCAGUUUUCCAGAGACAGCAGAAGAGGAGCUAGAAGAAAUUGCUUCAGAGAAUUCAGAUUCCAUCUGUAGUUCAACUCCUGAAGUGAAGGCCUGAGUAUCAUGCAUAUGCCUCAAAUAGUAUGCACCGUACGGACUGAAACGAGCAAGCAGAGAAAAGCAUCCGCCUUUCAGAGUUGGUCUCUGCUUAAGACAAACAUGGAGCAGUAAAUAAUGAGGAGUAUGAAUUAGCUCCAGUGUGGAC